AUGCGGCAAAUAUACAAUCCACCGGCGGUGGCAUCUCGACAACCACCGGUUUCAAAUACUUUACUAAAUUCUUCUAUGUCACCCUCAAGAAACAGUAUCUUACCUCCUCGAUCAUCCUAUCGUCCAGACUCGUUUGGUCGUUAUUUAAAUCAACAAGCUUUUGUAAAGCCUAUUCGAGGACGUGCCUUAUUCAGUCGUUCCAUUCAUCGUAUAAUUGAACAAAUUCGAGAUAAAAAACAACGCAUGAAAAAUGAUCAACAAGUAUUUUCGACAUACGAAGAAGCUAUAAGCAUUUUUAGUGAUCUAACAUUUAUGAAAUGUGUUGUGUUAAAGAAGAAAUUAUUAGAUUCAAAUAGUCGAACAUGGACUAUUGAAUUUGCACGUGAAGGAGGUCUACAUGCAUUACUUUCUUAUCUUGAACAAACUUCAAACAGAGGUUUAACACUUGUCGAUGCUAUACUUAUUAAUGAAACAUUGCAAUGUCUUCGUGCCAUGAUGAAUAUAGGUGAAUUAUUUCAACAUAUGGCGUCAAACCUACAAUAUAUUGAUUCAGUAGCAAAAGUUUUAAGAAUUCCAUCAGUCGAAAUUCGCAUGCGUGUAUUUGAAUUAUUAACUGCAUUAUGUGUUUAUUCAAAUGAUGGGUAUCAAUUAGUUCUUCACGCAUUACAAGAUUUUCAGCUACAACAAGAAUCGAAAAAGACGCGUGAUAAAUUACCAAAUGUAUUUGCGGUUAUUCUUGAACAAAUUAAAUCCGCUGCUAUGUCUAAACAUAAAUGGUCAGCUAUUGCUCUACUCAAUAGCAUUUUAUCAUCUACAGAAGCUAUUGAAAGACGACUUUCUUAUAGAAAUAUACUUAUUUCCGAUGGAAUAAUAUCAACUUUAGAGAAAGCUCGAGAUGAUAAUGAUGUUGAUCUUAAUGUUCAAAUUGAUACAUUUUUUGAAGAUCAAAAAGACGAUCAAGAAGAAUUUUUAGAAAAUUUCAACUCAAAUGAUAAUCAAUCUAUUACUCAAGCUAUUCAAUUACAAUUUACCCCUAAUUCACAUGAGUCAGCUAUUUUUCUCACAACAAUGCAGCUUCUAUAUUCUACUUUAACAUCAGCGACAUCCGAUGAACGAGAAAAAAUUCUUCAAAGUCUUCUUCAAUCAAUUUCCAAUGCAACAAAAAAUACCCCCGAGAAAAAACUAAUCGAACAAGGAUCACAAACAGAUACAAUGCCCGAGCUCGAUACUAAAGUUUCCUCUACUUAUCACAAAAUUCCUAACGUUCCAAUAUCGACUACAGCCAUUAUAAAUGAACAAUACUGUCAAAAGCCAAGUGGUAUUCAAUCGCCUUCCAUAUUAAUCAGCACAUCAAAAUUGAUCAACACUCAACUUCCUUCGAGUGAAUCCUCUGUUUCUGUAACGGUUCCGACUUCGUCAUUCCCUGCAGACUUACAAGCAACAACUUCAGUUAUAACUCUACCACCCCAUCCUCCUCCACCGCCACCACCACCACCAAACUUUCUAGGCGGAGCACCGCCUCCUCCACCACCACCACCACCAAACUUUCUAGGCGGAGGACCACCUCCUCCUCCUCCUCCACCACCGCCAGGCUUUUUAGGAAUGGCAUCACCUCCACCACUCGGACAGUUGGCUGGUAACUCAUCUAUUACUGGUCUGUCUGUUUUAGUUGAUAGUAUUCCUAAGCCUAAAGGCAAAUUGAGACGGUUACAGUGGAAAAAGCUAGCACACACUAUUCUUACUAGUAGUAGUUUUUGGAUGGAUGUGAAUACAAAAGUUGAUAGUCAUAUUAAUUUCUCGCAACUUGAAGAUUUUUUUAAAGCCAGCAGUGAAAAUAGUAAUACACCAGUGACAACCAAGGCAAAAACAACAACUAUUUUAUCUUGUAAUCGAUCAAUUGCUAUAAAUGUCUUCUUAAAAAAAUUCAGUUUUACUGAUAUUCCAUCAUUUGUGAAAGUUCUUCAAGAUUCAACAUCAAAUCUUAAUAGCGAAUGUCUUCGUAUGUUGCUAAAAAUUUUACCAGCUGAUGAUGAAAUUAUCCUUGUUCAUGAUCAUCCACGAGAAGUUUGGGCAAUACCUGAAGAAUUCAUCCAUGAAGUUGGCUUAAUUUCAUUUUAUGAUUUCCGUGUUCGAACGCGUAUUCUUAUUACUGAAUUUGAUGAAACAUUCAAUGAUUUUAAACGAAAAUAUGAAAAAAUAAUUCAAAUAAUCGAUUUUCUACAACAUGAUAUAUCUAUUAAACAAUUAGCUCGAUCACUACUAUCCAUUGGAGAUUUUCUUAAUUACGGUUCCUAUGCUGGUAAUGCCUUUGGCUUCCGACUAGAUGUUUUCAAUCAACUGCAAGAUAUUCGUUCUAGUGACAAUAAAAACUUGCUUAGUGUUAUGCUCGAAAGUUCACCUGAACAUUUUAAAUUUAUUGACACUCUUAAACCAAUGCUUGCUGAUGAUAUACAAUUGAAAUUAGUAAAAUUAGAUUAUGCGGAUUGGAAAAAAAAGAUUGAUGAAGGUCUUAAACAAAUAAAUUCGAUUGAAGAUAAACAAAUCAUUGAACAAUACAAACCUUUUUAUGAACAAUCAAAUAGAAAAUUAGAAACUAGUCUAAAUCCUUUGGUAAAUCAAUGUGAAACAAAAGAAAAAUUUUUAAUGAAAGAACUCGGUGAAACAGAUUUAAGUGAAUUUAAUUAUGAUUCAUGUUGUACUGUCUUUCGACAAUUAAUCGAAAAAGUUGAAAAAGAAAAUAAAGAACGAGAGAAACGUUUAGUAUCGAACAAAAUAUUAGCAAAUUCAGUUAAAUUAUCUACAAAAAAACUAACUGUAACAGAUAACAAUAUGAAUAAAGCAGCAGAUGAUAAUUUUAUGGAUUCGCUGAUGACAGAACUUAAACAAAAGAAAUUCACAACGGUACCCGCUAGACGACGUCGAGCAUGUCUUGAUCUUUUGAAUACUAGUGAUCGCGAAUACAAAUAG